UCCCCUAAAGGCAAGCCCACAGCCUUGCAGCCUACAUGCCCUUUCUUGUUUACUCCUUACAGAUGUUCUAAUCCUGCAUGCUUUACCAGUCCCUCCAGCUUCUGGUUUGCCUUCAAAAUUCUGCUCUGCUUCUGUCACUACGAUUUUUCUUGAUACCAUGCAGUCUGGCUUGUGGUCCAGUCACUGAAAUAUCUUCAUUACAUCUGCAUAACUGUACAGGCAGACCCCCGAGUACAGGGACAAAAACCAUGAUGCAAGAGAGCUCCCUUGCUGGACAUGCUGGACCUUGUUCUCCAAACAGAAAUCCACCCCCGUUCCAGCAGAAAUGCGACAGUGCAACGUCACCUGGGCGACAUUUCCUAUCAGUUUAAGCACAUCUGUUACAAGUGGGAUUUCCUCUUCCCCACUCCCUGCCUCCUCAUCCCAGCAGCCAUAGCUACAGCAGUAACAGCUUUUCAACACAGGCCAAGAUCGACUGUCUCAAUGGAAGUGGUACCAGACUGGGCCCCAGCAGUGGGUUUCACACUCCUGCCCCAUGCAGGAGGAUUUGUAGGAGGCAAGAUAACCAAAAAAGAAAUUCCAGUGUGGUAUGAAUCUCUACAGAAGCCAUCCUGGUGUCCACCUAACUGGGCAUUUGCUCCUGUUUGGGGUACUCUCUAUACAUCUAUGGGAUAUGGCUCCUACCUGGUAUGGAAGGAAGUGGGGGGCUUCAAUGAGAAGUCAUUAGUUCCUCUGGGUCUGUAUGCAGGGCAGCUGGCAUUAAACUGGGCAUGGUCUCCGAUAUUCUUUGGAGCUCACAAAAUGGGAUGGGGGUUGGUGACUCUCCUGCUCACAACUGGUAUGGCAACAGCUACAACUGCUUCCUGGUAUAACAUCAAAAAAACAGCAGCUUAUUUGAUGGUUCCUUACUUAGCUUGGCUAACCAUGGCUUCUGCACUCAAUUACCGUAUCUGGAAGGACAAUCGUAACAAGUCAGAAUAAAACAUUUUCAGCCAAGAAGACUUUUUUUUUCACAAGAAUUUUCUAAAUAAAGUUAUGGCCUUA